AAACAUUCCUUGUUCAAACCUCAAACCCUAAAAAUCUAAAAAAAUAACUGAAAAAAUCUCUUCUGCCCAUUUCUCGAUCCUUUCCUUCCCAUUUUCGCUCUCUAGAUUCAAAACUCCGCCGUCGUGUUCUCUCGCCGGCCGAUCCCGUCUCCUCCUCUGAUCCAGCACCGGCUGCUCCUGCUCCACAUAAAGGAGAUUGUGAUUUUUGAAAAGGAAAAAUGUUAGGAGGAACGGGGCCAAUCUUACCCCUUCCGGCUCCUCCCUCAGAUGGAAAUCUUGGACCACUUCCACCAUCUCAGUUGACUGAAGAGCAGCAGAAGGAGAGAGAGAGGGAGGAGCAAGAGCAGGAGGAGCUGAACAAAUCCAACUCGGUUCCUGCUUCAGUUGCAACCCAUACAAGAACUAUUGGAAUCAUACACCCUCCUCCAGAUAUUCGAAACAUUGUUGAUAAAACAUCGCAAUUCGUUGCUAAGAAUGGACCUGAAUUUGAGAAAAGGAUUAUAGCAAACAAUACUGGGAAUGCCAAGUUCAAUUUUUUGAUUCCUUCAGAUCCAUACCAUGCUUAUUACCAGCAUAGGUUGUCUGAAUUCCGAGCACAGAAUCAAUCGUCGUCACUGCAACCUUCUUCGCAGCCUGCAGACUCUACAGGACCAGAGUCUGCCCCGCCAACUACGGCUGCUGAUGGCGAUGAAACAGCAGCGCAGAAGCCUGAUCCGUCGGCUCAGUUUAGACCUGUUCGUAAGGUUCUUGAGCCACCAGAAGCGGAGCAGUAUACUGUUCGACUUCCUGAAGGAAUUACUGGGGAGGAAUUGGAUAUUAUUAAGCUCACAGCCCAGUUUGUUGCUCGUAAUGGGAAAUCGUUUUUGACAGGAUUGACUAGUAGGGAGAUUAAUAACCCUCAAUUCCAUUUUUUAAAGCCUACUCAUAGUAUGUUCAUGUUUUUUACUUCACUAGCAGAUGCAUAUUCAAAAGUUUUGAUGCCUCAAAAGGGCUUGACAGAGAAGCUUAAGAAGAGUGUUGUUGAUAUGACCACUGUGCUGGAACGAUGUGUGCAUAGGCUAGAGUGGGAACGGUCGCAAGAGCAGGCUAGACAAAAAGCUGAGGAUGAAAUUGAGCAGGAAAGAAUACAAAUGGCUAUGAUAGAUUGGCAUGACUUUGUUGUUGUUGAGUCAAUUGACUUUGCUGAUGAUGAGGAUGAGGAUUUACCUCCUCCUAUGACCUUGGAGGAGGUCAUAAGGAGAAGUAAGGUUACAUCUAUGGAAGAGGAUAUUGUUGAGCCCAACAAAGAGGUGGAAAUGGAAAUGGAUGAGGAGGAGAUGCAACUUGUUGAGGAGGGCAUGAAACUGACUAGACUUGAUGAGAAUGAUGAAGAGAAGAGGAAUGAGAUGAAGGUGUCUGAGGAACCAGAACCACCAAUGAGAAUUGUUAAGAAUUGGAAGAGGCCUGAGGAUAGGAUUCCUGCUGAAAGAGACCCAACAAAGUUUGUUGUUUCUCCAAUCACUGGUGAAUUAAUUCCUAUUAAUGAGAUGUCUGAACACAUGAGGAUUUCUCUCAUUGAUCCCAAGUUCAAAGAGCAAAAGGAGAGGAUGUUUGCUAAGAUUAGGGAGACUACUUUGGCUCAGGAUGAUGAGAUAUCCAAAAACAUUGUUGGGCUUGCACGUACUCGUCCUGAUAUAUUCGGUACCACAGAGGAAGAAGUCUCCAAUGCCGUGAAGGCUGAGAUUGAAAAGAAAAAAGAUGAACAACCAAAGCAGGUCAUAUGGGAUGGUCACACUGGAAGCAUUGGACGAACUGCAAACCAAGCUAUGUCACAAAAUCUUAAUGGAGAGGAUCAAAAUGAUGCUGCUAACAAUGACUACAGGACCCUACCUGGUCCUGCUGCUCCUCCUCCUAAAUUUGGUCAACCUUUACUUCGUCCUCUUCCACCACCACCUGGAUUAGCUUUGAAUAUGCCUCGGAUGCCUUCAAACACAAUUCAAUAUCCACCUCAAAAUAGUGGACUACCCGUACCUCAACAAAGACCCCCAGGUAUGCAAAUGAUGCAACGGCCACCAAUGCCACAAAUGCCACAAAUGACCAUGAAUUCUGGACAACAGACCUAUAUGAUGAACCGACCACACUCAAUGCCUCCACCAAUGUCUUUAGGUGGACCAAAUAUGUCUAUACCACCUCCUCCUGGUUCUCAGUACAACCCCCUAUCAGUUCCCCGAGGUUAUGCUCCAGUUCCUGGACCGCCACCUUCAAUGCCUCAUGGAAUGCCUCCGCCACCUUUGCCUCACGGAAUGCCUCCACCACCACCCGAGGAAGCUCCUCCACCACUUCCAGAAGAACCAGAGCCGAAGAGGCAAAAGCAUGACGACUCUUUGCUUGUUCCAGAAGAUCAGUUUUUGGCUCAACAUCCGGGACCUGUUCGCAUUUCUAUUUCUGUUCCUAAUGUCGAUGAAGGAAAUCUUAAGGGUCAACUUGUGGAGAUCACAGUACAGUCUCUAUCUGAAACUGUGGGGAGUCUGAAGGAGAAAAUCGCGGGGGAGAUCCAGCUUCCUGCAAACAAACAGAAACUGAGUGGAAAGCCUGGUUUUCUCAAGGACAAUCUGUCCCUUGCCCAUUACAAUGUUGGAGCAGGCGAAACACUUGCUCUUUCUCUUAGAGAGCGUGGUGGUAGAAAGAGAUGAUCAGAUUCUUUGAACAUGCCAUUUGAGGAAAGCUUGCUCAUUCUGGACUGGGUGGACUGGUGGGUCACAGUUUGGUUCAUUUUGAGCGUCGAAACAGUCGGUGUGUGUGUUUCGGCCAGUGCUUAAAUCUUAUAUCUGAAAAGCCUAAGUUAACCUUCAGCUAGUUUUCUUUUGUUUCUGGUCUCUACUAGAGUUUGGUGUUGCCUGAUUAUAUGUUGUUUUGCAACUACAGAAAGCUACUACUACUCUUGGAAUGGUCUCACAGAGAGACCUGUGUUGAAACUUUGGGUUUGUGUCUUUCUCUAAUUUUCUCACACAGGUAGGAUAGUCCUCUACACACAAAAAAAAAAAAUGAAAAUAAAAAUGUGUUGAUCCUUAAUACUUAUUUGUAACUCCAAUGGUAGUCAUUUAAAUCUUUGCCCUUUUCUUUUUUUCUUUUCUUUUGAACAGUGAUGUGGUUGGAGUCUCAUGUGGGAAGCCAGCAGGAACUUUUAUGUAUUUUUUUUGUCAGAACUAACAGAAGUAAAUUUUGUUAAUUUUUGAAAAAUGGAUAUUUUAAAGAGGAUUUUCUA